AACACCGGCGCCUUGGGGAGCGAUGGAGGGAGGGUACGGUUUAGGUGCUGGGACCCGAGUUGAGCUAGUGAAGAAGAGCCCCAGCUCGUCAUGAAACAGCGAAAAGGUCCUGGGUCUGGGGGCAGCCAUGGGCGCAAGAAGAGAGGUUUGAGUGACAUUUCACCAUCUACAAGCCUACCGCCUCUAGUGGAAGGCCAGCUGCGCUGCUUUCUGAGACUUACUAUUAAUAAAGUUAUAUGGAAGAUUGCAAAGCCUCCCACUUGUGUACUUGUCCGAGUGAGAUGGUGGGGAGAAACAUCAGAUGGAACCCUCUUUUGUCCCAGGGAUGCAUUGCAGACUGAACCAAAAGCUGUGAGAACAACAACACGUUAUGCUAUUCGCUGUGGUCCAAAACAGUUUACUUCUUAUCUAACAGAUAUGGCUGUGUUGGUGCUGGAUGUAAUCACCAAAUCUGAUCAUCUUCCAAUUGGUAGAGUUCAAAUCAGUGGCCUAGCUCAGCUUUCUCCAACCCAUCAGAUCAAUGGAUUGUUUACCAUCAUUUCACCAACAUCUAAGAAACUUGGAGACCUUCAGGUCUCACUUGCUCUGGAACCUCUGUCAGAAACUUAUGACAGCUACAGCCCUCUACCUAUUACUGACAUGGUAGAAAAUGUGCUUUUAUCUGAGCAAGGAUUCAGAGGAAAUACCAAAAACAUAAGAAUUGCUGGGAAAGAAUUAGUAGCCAACAGUAGUAGAUCAACUACACCAAGGGGGAAGGACCACUUGUACUUUCCAGAGAACUCUAAUACAGGAAAGGAUUCUUUCUUUGGACUACAGCACCAUCUAAAUUCAGGGCAGAGUUUAGAGUCUGUAACUCUGAAAGGCAAAGCUCCACGGAAACGUAUGUCCCUUCUCAACAGUUCUGAAUUCCAGCCUCAAAUUAGGACAGUUGCCAAGAGUUACAGUGACUCAUGUGUUCUUCCUUCAAACAACCCUCCUACCAAGGACCUUCUUUCAGCUCUGUUAGAACAAGGCAAUAAACUGCGUAAUGCCAUGGUGAUUUCUGCAAUGAAAUCAAGCCCAGACACUAGCAUGAUGUUAGACAAUGUUCAUCCUCCUCUGAAGGAAGACUCUCUUAGAUCAUCUACAAGACUCAAAGCCUUGUCUAACAAUCAAUUUAAAGACCACAUAGAAGAUCACCUCCUCCCACCGACUGAGAAUACAGUUUGGAAUCCUGACACAAAAACUGAUACCGAAGCUAUACAGCUGCUAUUAGGCAGUGCUGAAUUAUCCCAAGGUCAUUUCUGGAAUGGAUUAGGCUCUCCUCCAGACUCCCCAUCUCCUGGGAGUGAUGUUUAUUGCAGCAGUGAGCUGAAUGACCCACAGUAUGACCAGAGUCUCCUGGAGAAAUUAUUUUACACAGCACCUAAGUCUGAUGGCAGCAUCAGUGAUGUUCUUUGUGAAGAUGAUGGUAGGGUCCCAUCAAAAAAAUUAAACCAGUCAAAAGCUCUUGGUAGAUCUUCUAAGGCUCUAGAACCAAAUGAUCAGAAGCUGAAGAGAGCAUCAGUGGAAGAAAACAGAAAUUUGGUUGAACAGAUGACCUCAGAAAUUCCAGAAGAUGCCCCAGUGAUGACAUUAAGUGUGGCUAGACUGGCCCUUCUAGGUAGAACACAUUCAGUCAGAAUCAUCAUUGAAACAAUGGGAGUCCCUCCAGAUAGUCCUCAGAUGACCCCUGGCAAAAAACCCUUUGCUGGGAGAUCAGCUAAGCUGAUAACAGCAAAAAAGUGCACUUUCUUUGUGGAGUAUCACUUUCCUGUGGGCUUUUCCAAAAGUAAACUUGGAAAGACAGCUUUGAUAACUGAAGUUGUUCGACUUGCCUCCAGUAAAAUUACAGAUGGAAUGGUGAAAUUCCAGCAGCGAUUUGUGUUUCCAGUGCAGUUCAAUGGCCCAAUGAUAGAGCACUGGUGGAAUUCUAAACUCACCUUCCAAAUCUAUGCAAAGAAGCCUCCACAGAAAAAGCCAGAACUCGUGGGAGCUGCAUCACUUAUUUUGAGAGCUGUCAUUCAGUCAAAGCUGCUAUCCUUCAGUGACCAACUUCCAGUGCAACAGGAAAAUGGCCAGGUUCUACUUGGCCCCCUGAAGGUAACCAUGGAGCUUGUUAUAGAUAACAAGGAUUUUGCUGAUGUCAAUACUGAGCUAACUAGCAGCACCCAACAAGCUCCACUUUCUGUUGUUACAAGUCCAAAUAAGAUAUUACUAGAAACCAGCCAAGAUAAUACUUGUACCACAGAUCUACAGAACACAAAUCAAGUUCAUGAGGAAACUGCAAAGAAAGCACAGAGACUGAUACUUUCCAAUGCAAAGCCACCUAGCCCUGUAGCAACAAAUUCUUCAGCCUUCAUGUCUGUGCCAGCCUCCCAUAAUUUAGUAAAUCAGGCAAAUGGGUCAGCCAAAGAAAAUGCUUUGCUCUUGUAUGUGCUGUUGAUGGUGCCAGAUGGGAAAGAUUUUAUUACUGGAGAAUCUGAGAAACAACCACCAUGCAAUGUUUAUUUAACUUGUAAACUCUUCAGCACAGAGGAAGUCACCAGAUCUGUCAUUGCCUGGGGUACAACACAACCAGUCUUUAACUUCUCUCAGAUAAUUCCUGUCUCUCUGUCUUCCAAACACCUGGAAAGGCUUAAGAACAAUGUGAUGAUAAUUGAAACCUGGAAUAAAGUUCGGAGCCCAGGACAAGACAAGUUGCUUGGGCUGGUGAAACUACCCCUCCAUCAGUUUUACAUGUCAUUCAAAGAUCCCAAGAUUUUUCACCUGCUGCUUGAUGCUAAGUACCCAGUUAUUGCCGUUGACAACUACAUGCCUGUGAUUGAUGUGUUCUCAGGCCACCAAAAUGGGAGUCUUCGAGUCUUCUUAGCUAUGGGUUCUUCAGAUCAGAUAAUGACAUUGCAAAGAUUAAGGAAUGAAGAAGGAACACUCUAUCCUUUCAGCCCUAAGCCAUCCCAUUUCCUGGACCAGCCAUCUGUAGCAUCUGUUUCUAAGCAGGCAGAAGGCAAAGGAAAUGUGUUAAUGGAGCACCACUUUGAGUUCCAUAUCAUGAUGGUUAAAGGGCUAGCCCCUCUUCAGUCAACAGUCUGGGGAGAAGCAGAUUGUUAUGUCCAGUACUACUUUCCAUUUCAAGACUCACAGUCCAGUGUGCUCAAAGAGCCUGAUUUCCUUGAAAAUGGAAUUACUCUGAAGCCCUUCAGAACUUCAACUACCCUCUGUGUUCCAGAUCCCGUCUUUAAUAGUGAGCACCAUCAUUCUCUCCUGUUGCCAACUGAAGUUCCAGUGCAAAGGCUCCUGCUCAGUGCCUUCAUGUCACAGGGGCUUCUGCCUGGAGGUGGGGUCCAGUUUGAAAUCUGGUGCAGGGCUUUGGCUGAGCAGGAUCCUGCUCUACAGUUCAGUGCCACUGUGGGAGUUAAUGCCUCUGUCACCACCCAUCUCUCAUUCCUACCCAAGGGAGAGCAGCGCCGAACCCGCCCUGUGGCCUGUUCCUUCUGCCCUGAGUUCUCCCAUUACAUUGAGCUCCCAUGUAACUUGGUGACUCAGCACUCUAGUGGAGAAGCCUGUUUCCUGGCAGAGCUAUUGGAGUUUGCAGAAAUUACUUUUGCUAUCUAUCAUGAAAAUACCAAGUCAGUCGGUGAUAUAAUCAGCCUCCAUUCAUGCAAAGAACAUCUACUUGGAGUAGUAAAAGUUCCAACAAAAGACCUGCUAGUCAAGAGAUCUGGGAUCACAGGAUGGUAUCCUGUCAUUUUACCUGAAGAUGAGGGUCUGCCUCAUGGAUUGGAGUUUAUGCAGAAGAUUGUUGGUGGUCUGGAACUUUCAGUUUCCUUCACCCAUCCUGGAGAUAGAGAGCGGGUAUUGGAAGCUGCUGAGCUGUUGGGUUGGAGCUUUGAGAGUGGCCUAAAGGAUCUUGUUAAGAUGGAUGAAGAGGAGCCAGCCAUUGUCACCAUCUCUACUCCAAGAUUGUGGCUGCCUACCCAUUGUGUACUACUUGCUGGCCACAAGUACAUUCAUAAAAAUACAUAUUUCUACCUUCGCUAUAAACUAUAUGAUCAUGAAGCUUUUUGGACCCCUCUCAAGAAGCCUAAGGAAUCUGCAAACAAAAACCAGGUCAUGGUUACUUUCAAGGUAUCCAAGAGAGCAGAAGUCACUCGGUGCCCAUCACUACUUUGGUACUUCAGGGAGGAAAGGUUAGAGAUCCAAGUGUGGCGAGCUUAUGGCAAUGAUAGUGUGGAGAGACCUCAGCAGACAGACAGCUGGAUUGGCUCAGCCUAUGUUGACCUGGCUAGACUUGGGGAUAGGUCAACAAGGACACUAACUGUCAGUGGUGUGUAUCCUCUGUUUGGACGGAAUGCUUCCAACCUCUUUGGAGCUGCCCUACGAGUUCAUGUGGUUCUUUCUUCUCUUUCCCCACACAUGGAGCCUGCUCAUGAUCAAGACUCCAUGGACUACAGCAGCCACAGUGAGUCUGAGCAGCUCCCCAGCAGGAAUGAUGAGAUCCAACUCUCCCCACCUGGUGACCACGAGAAGUCUCCUGCCCCUACACAGGUCCUCUGCACCAGCACUGCUGCUGAAGUCUGCCAGCCCAAUGAGGGCCACACUGAAUUGGAUGGAACUGUUGCAGUCAGUAUCCUGGUAGAGAGAGCAAUGCACUUGAGUUUAAAAGGGAGUCCUUUGACAGAGCGGAAAGUAUCCAUACCUAGUUGUUGUGUAUCCUUUGCAACAGCCAGUGAGCCAUCUCCUGUGUACACCCAUGUGAUUGAAAACACAGAUUCUCCUAUCUGGAAUUUUCAGCAGCAGUCAAGGCUAUCAAAAGAGCUUCUUCUAGACCCUCAGCAAACUCUGGUCUUCAAAGUUUGGCAUAAGGGAGAUGAAGAAAGAGUGAUUGGCUUUGCCUCAGUGGACCUCUCCCCACUGCUGUCUGGCUUCCAGUUUAUCUGUGGCUGGUACAACAUCACAGACUUCAGUGGAGAGUGCCAGGGGCAGAUAAAAGUUGCUAUCUCCCCUUUGGAGAGUUUGGUACACCUCAAAGAAGAAAAACAAGCAAGACGUGGGGUGAAGACCCCAGCAUCACUGAUCCCAAUGUAUAAUCCCUUUUCCUUUCCUGCCUCUAAUCUGUGUACUGCAUUCCCCAGUCUGAUUCCAAAACAAAGCCAAGACCAGUUUACUCGCACCUCCUCAAAGGAGCUUGAUUUCUCCUCUUCUGAGAGAAGCAGUACCAAAAGAAGUCAGGCAUUACGCCAUGAACAGCAUGUACAGAACAUCCGCCGAUUUCAUGAAUCCCUGCAACAGGGAGAGGCAAUCUUGACAAGAGAUGACAAACAGACCACAUCACCUUUAUCCUCCCACACUUCCAUUCUGACUUCUCUCAGGAAGAAUCUGAGUGAGCUAGAUCAGAUCCAGCAGUACUUCAACCAGAAGCUUAGCAGACCUUCCCUGCCUCUUAGCCCUCCCACUCAUCCUGCCAUCAUACAAUGCCUGGAGAGCCGUAAGGAACAUCUCAGACCAGCAACCAGCAGCCUAGACCCUGAGAGCCAGUGCAUCCUAGAGAAAUCCAGUAGCCUGGUGUUACAAGUCAGCUCCUUAAUCGCAGAUCUGCAGACUAUCACCAGGAAUUCUCAAGCAGCUUUGACCUCUCACCGAGCCAAAAGUAGAAGUACUGCCACCGCCGUCCCAGAUACUCAAGACACAGAGACUGUGCGAGAGCGAAGCACAACACCAGACAAGCCAUUGGCAAUAGAGGAGGACACAAAUUCCUUGCCUCCUGCUCUUGAAGAGACUGCAGGUGGAAGAGAAAUGUUCCAUGAGGCCCUAGAGCAAACAGUACCUGUUACAAGGAUGCAGAGCAGUGAGGACCCCGAGACAGGCCCUGCCUUCAGUGAUGAGGACUACGAAGAAGAUGUCAUUGAGCCCAGGACCCUAAAUGAAAUCACCACUGUGACGGAUAAAACUAGCCCUUGGUCCAGUUUUGUAUCAGACAUAAGUGAGGUCAUCAGCCCUCAGCCUGAUGAGGUACAGAGGGAAGACUCCUAUCCUUCAGAGCCUUUCCCCAGUCAGGAACUCGAGGUCAGAAGUAGCUUUUUGUUAAGCCCAGAAAAGGCUAUCAACCCCCACCUGCCUGGGCAGGGCUCUCCUAGCCAAAGGCUUGUUGCUUAUGAGGGUGGUGUCCCUAAGGACAAAGUUGGUGAGCCUACCUCAACCAACCAUCAGUUGAACCCACACCUAUCACUCCCAGGAGUACAACAGAGCAAUGCUUUUGUUGAGUGGAGCUCACCUCCAGGAGAUCAUUACAAGGAGGACAAGGCAGAAGCCCAGACUGAAAAUGAAGCUGCUUCCAGUGAGCUCAGUGACUCUUCUGAUAGCUUCGAGAAGUUCCCUUUGCAAAUAAUCUCCCAGAGAAAAGGGGAAAACUAUAAGGAGUCACCUAUGGACUCCCCUGACAUCCAAGAGACGCAGGUGACAACUGAAUCAGAGGUGUCCACAAAGCAGACUCUCCUCCCAGAGCCCAUUGUGGUUCCCAACUUCUUUUUGCCUCCCCAGCAGCUGGAGGCCUCUAUGAGGAUGCUCUCACUGUCUACAGGAUUGCCACCAGCAGCAGCAGCAGAUCAGGACAAGAAAGAAGCCCUCUCCCGAAGGCCUACUCGCCCCAGACCUAUCUCCCUCCCUCCCAACCUGCCUGAAGAAGAAACUCGCAGGAUCGCACGGAUCUUUUCUUCCCAGUACUCCCAGAAAGACUGAUGCAGCCUGAGGAACUGAGGGGAGAGACCACCUGCUCACCCUCCUUCAAUCUUGUUUGGUUUGUAAGGGGUACCAGGUCUGCUUCUCUCAGCCCUGAAAAUACCACCAGCCUAGUCCAUGGAUACCCCUGAGGCCCAAUCAGCCCAUACUGAAGGACUGUCCCAAAUUGGUCCAGGGUCCAUCUGCCAGGACCUCUACCUUCAGUGGUGAGGUAAAGAUUAGAAACAAAAGGGAUUCCAGCACCAAAGCAGCUCACUUAUCUUUUGACCACAGGACCUACACAGGCAUCUCUCAGCAGCAAAGCUCCUUUGAGUAUCUUAGACACAGCACUGGCUGACGUGAGCCCACCCUCUGCCUGAAUAGGUUAGACUAUUUUUGCCUUAAAUGAUGGGAUAUGGGAAUAGAUUGUGUGCAUAGCUGAGGAACUCCUAGGGUCACCUCCAAUUCAUUUUGCUUAAGAAUAGAGUAGUUUAUAGAUGUAAAUUAUUUUUAUGCUCUAUUAGAUUAAUCAGUAAGGGACUAGGAGGAAAUCACCUCCUGUAAACUAUAUCUGAUUGUCUAAAAUAUAACCAUGUUUUUAACUUAUUUUUUACUCAGCUGAAGGUCAUUCAAUGUUCUUGCCUUUGUUUGAAUAAAAUCCUAUUGGUAUUUGUA